AGCAUUAUUUUUUGCAUAAAUCGGGAGUAAAACAAUUUCAUAAUUAUAAAUUUUUACACAAAAUAUAAUUGUUGUUUUAUAUUAAACGUUAUUGGUGAAGUUCAAGUACGCUUUUAUUGAAACAUUGUAGUCACGAAGCUCUUUAAUACCAAUUAUAAUUGCGUUUAUAGCUUGUGUUGUUCAUCGUAAUUAAUGAAAUCUCCCAAUAUGGAAAAGAUAUUUAAAACAUUUUAGUGUUAUAACUUCUUGUUAAGCGGUGUACUUCCAUAGUUCAGGUGCUUAGUUCAUUUACCUCGGACUAAUCGUAUUUCAUAGGGUACUAUGGUUAGAAUCAAAUUUGUGCCCGUAGCCACUGUGAACUCUUCGGCGUGGUGAUACCGUAACUAAUUAGAAAAUAUGUAAAUAAACAUGAACGAUAUAGAUAUCAAAAUAGUGGAUUCACCGAAGGACCGGUUACUGGUUGCUGCAGAGUCGCCUUUGCCGGAAAAUUCGGGUGAAAAUGAGGUCGACCCCUUGUGCAUUGACGAGGAUAUGAACUCUGCUAAAGACUCACUUCCCAUAGAUAAAACUAGCAUAGAAGAAGAUGUGGGCAACUGUGAUGAAAACACCAAAGAAGAGGUUGUAGAAAAUGAACCCAAGGAAGUUACUCCUGAAUUAAAGGAAAACUCAAAUAUAAUAGCCGAACAAAAUUGCAUCAGCAAUAUUGAAGAGGAAACUGCGAAAACAUCUGAGCUGAUUGAAGGGCAUAAUGAUAGAAAUCAUGGAGUUGUAACCAAACAGGAAAGUAGAGACCCACCCCUAGAAGAGAAGAGUAAAGAAACAUCUGAAAAAGAGGCUGAAGGCGAUGUUGAAAUGUCCGAAGCCUUAGUAGAUAAAACAGAGAAAGAGACUAAACCUAGUCUGUCUGUUAACGGGGAUGUUAUUAAGGAGGAACCUGUGAAACGGAGAGCUAGUGAUGAUAUUGAUACUGAAUCUCCAUUGAAGAAGCUGUGUCAAGAAGUAGAAAAGACAUUUCCACAGCAUGAUAUCAUGAUAACUGACUACAUUCAAACAGCCACUAAAAAUAAUGUUGAUGAAAUUCAAAGGCACACAGAACAACUUCUGUCAGAAAUACAAACUCUAAGAGAACUUGCACAAAAGAAAGAACACGAAUGGAACAAUAUACUACACCUGAAAAAGGUCAAAGAAGAAAUUUUACUCAGGUUACUGAGGCGGAAACAAGUUCUAUCUUUUGAGAAAUCACCAGACGUGAAUGGCGCGGAACGUUGCGAUCCAUUCGACUAUUUGAAUCAAGCCAAAAAUUUAGCAAUAGAUAAAAGUGAUGAAAUUUCUGGUCUGUCAUUAAAACCGCCUGGAUCUGCGAAUCCAAUGAUCCAACCACCAGUAAUGCCAGUCACGACGCACUUUAAUUUAAUGUCAGGGUUGCCACCGCCAUAUGAUAAGACGGCUCACAUGCCGAUGUCGAAACCAAUGUUUCCACAAGGGUUGAUGAUGCCUGGUCCGAUGCCAGGUUUCCCGAGAGAUAUGAAUGGACAGUUACCCUCUAGUUACGGAAUGCCUAUGGGUCGACAAGGUCCAAUAAAGGACGUUAAGUCUAUAAUAGCGGAUUAUAGACAACGUAAUCCUGAAAUAGCGCCGCGGAGAGGUAGGCGUAUGAAGUCCAUUGUUAAUCCGAAUAUUAUGAAUCCUAGACCAAUCGCACCCAAGAUGGACAAUGUUAACAGCUUGGGAAACUUAAAUAUGCUAUUCAAUAAUUUGGAUAUGAAUCAAAAAGCAAUGUUAGAACGUCUCCAACAAAUGCAAGCAGGGGGCUUGCCUAAUGGUUUAUCGUUCAAAGAUGUGUUGGUGCAGUUUGCGAACAUGCAACAACCUGGUAUGAUGAACAGGCCAAUGGAUAUGCCGAGGCCAGAACACAUCCGGCCAGAUAGAAGAAGACAGGAGAGGAAUGAGGAAGUUCAUAAACAGGCAGAAAGGCUGGCGUCACCAAGUCCAAGAUUGCCCCCUCCGCCACCUUACCCUGAAAUAUCUCUUCUCCCAGUCAGCUCCAGUCAGGAAAACUCACAGCAAAACUCAUUGCUGCACGGCAUCCUCACAAAGCAGGCGUCACCUGCGACUCAGAGUUACUCGCCGACGUUGGCUAAACUGCUUACGUCACCCGAAGGGAAACAGGCGCCGUUGACAACUUUCGGUCAGGCCAAGAAUUGUGGCGAGAUCACAAUUACUCCGGUGCAGCCGACCCCUCCGCCGCAGGAGUCGCAGACGCAAGAGAAACAAGAUGUUGGCCAAUUGAAUGUACGGCAGGACGACGAAGAAAGCCCCGCUUCCGAGGGUGAGGCUCCCGGUAGCGGGGGCUCCGGGGGUUCCGCGGGUUGUGCCGGCUCCCCGGGGGGCUCCGGGAGACUCGUCAUCGACGAAGCCGCAGAGGACACGCCCCUCUGUCAGGGCUGUCGUACAAGGGACGCCCAGUUCGUCUGCGCUGGAUGUGCCAAUCAGUGGUAUUGCAGCCGAGAGUGUCAGGUGGCUGCGUGGGAUGAACACUCAGAAAUGUGUUCAGGCUGAAAGAUGGUUAAGUAGUGUUAGGUUAUCGCAUACCUAUAUUGUAGAUUUUGCAGACUAUGGCAGAUUAAUCGUGUUCAUAGAUAUAAAAACCGUACAAUAUACCAUAACCGGUUUUUAUAGUGAAGUGAAGCUGUCAGUGACACCGGUUUACAUAAUCAAGAGAAAAUAUUAUUGUUUUAGUACAGUGAAAUAACGACAUCUGAAAUAAUAAAUAACAAACUAUAUAAAAUAAAAACUCCAAUUCGUAUCUUAAAUCUAGUUGAAUUAGUCAAAUAUGUCAACUGGUUUGACAGCGCUAAAAAGUUUGAUAAUCUAUGCUAGAGUUUUUAUAAGUACGAUGACGUUUUAAUGUGUCACUGCUGUCACUGUCAAGCAAACACUAAUUAUUUUAUAAAUAUCCCUUAAAUGCAGCAUAAAGAUUACAAUUAAUCUGCUUUAGUGAAUAAGUACUACAAAUGAUCGUUAAUAGGUGAAUCUCUUGUUCCUUGUGUGUUUGAUAGACUAUGCAAAAAAUAUCAUUUUGACAAAAACAAUAGUUUUGAUUAUGAAAAGACAAUAAAACAGUAUUUCUUUGUUUACAGUAUUUUUCAUACAUUAAACUUAUCUAUGGUAUUGACUUGUAUAGAUCCAGUUAGAGACUAAAUUUUGAAAGAAACCAUGUUUUUUUCAAGUGUUUGACAAUAAAAUUAGUUUCAGACUUACACGUAUGUUUUGGUUUUUGAAUUGGAUUUCUAAAAUCUCCUAGACAUUUACAUAGCAUUUUCAGUAUUAAUACAGAAAUAAUCAAAUCGGACAUAAAUUUCAACAUUUUAAUUUUGUCACAAAAAUUAUAAAAUAUUUUAUUAUUACUGUAUUAUUAUUUGCCGUAAAUAAAAAUAUUUAGAAUAGUAAUUACAGUAUCUUUUGGCACGACUUAAACGAACUUUAUUUCUUAAUAGAAAAAUUUCAUUUUUGUACUUAUAUCAUAGAACUGCCAAAAGAAUUUUGUAUGGAAAGAUUUGGAAGUCUUGUUCGAAGACUUCAUACGAGAUUUAUAGAUUUUUUAAUGAAUAAUUUUUUACACACUUCAGUAUUGAUAAAUCUCCCGUUAUGUAUAUAAUAUAUAUGCUUUGUCAUAAUAAUAGCUUAGUUAGCCCCUAAGGUCAUUCCUUAAAUAUUUUAGCAUAGUUAAUUAUUUAUGUAUCAAAUGUAUCGUGGAUUUAAUUAAUUGAUUAUAUUAUAUAAAGCAAAUAAUUAUAAUCAACUACAAAAAAUCAUUUUAUCUGCGUUUUAAACUAUAGGGUUUAAUUUUGCAGUGACUAACGUGAGAACAAACCCAUUAAGGUACUAGUAAAUCAAAUAAGUCAUGUCAAUAAUAACUAUAUCAUUUCUUUUUUACAAAUCAUAAAAUUAUGAUUUACCUUCCGGGUGCGUUUGUAAACUAUCCGACGUCCACCUAUCGGAAAUCAUGAUUUAUUCUUACAAGCAAUUUUAAUUGUCAAAACUUAUUUUAUAGUUUCGAAGUUCAAAAUACUACUAAAUAAAUACUUAGUAAGUUUUAAUUUAGUUUAAAAAUUCUGGAAAAAAGUGAUUAAUUUGCCGCAAAUUAUUAUUGACAGACAUGUAAAUUGUCAUAAUGGCGCGAUCGCGCCAAACUUGACUUUAGAAAUUAUGAUGAUAUUUUUUUUUUAAUUUGGAACAUUUAACCUAUUGGCCAUUAUCGUUGGCGUGGUUUACGAACGCACGCCUUGCUCCUGGCAAAUUGAAUUCUAUCAAUCAUUUUGUAUAUUUAUUUCAAAUACAUCGACGCCUUAAGUUCUAUAGCCCUAGUUAUAGUAUAAGAUGUAAUUUAUAAUUGAGAGUAUGUGAAACUUGGAACUCAAAUUUUCGUGUAAUUAGAAUGUAAGUAUAAGAUGUCCGUCAAUGUUGUUUUAUUCAGUGUGACUUGGUGUGUCACUAUGCUUAAAAUAAAUUGUUACUUUUCGAUGUGAAUAAAACACGGUAUAUUUAAUUUCAUACAACUUCACCAAAUAGUUUGUGCCUUUUAUCAACUUAAGCAAUAUUAUUUAAGAUAUCUAAACAUUUCUUCGGCCUAACAUUUUUUUGGCAUAAAGAAAUACUUUUAAAAGAAUUUUAGUUGCUAUUCAGGAUUAGCAUGUCAACUUGUGGUUUACCUGAAUUUAUCAAAGUACUACGAUUGCUGGCAAAUGCUCAAAUUUCUAACAAAUUUCAAACCGAAAUAAAGAUUUAAAUCGUUAUUUUAAAUUAUUAAAGUUGAAUGUGAUAUAACGCUGUCGUCUCGAGAUCUUUAUAGAUCUACACACCCACGGCAGUCUCUAAUAAAAUGCAUUAGUUGUAAAUUCAAACUCCAAAUAACUGGAAAGAUGUGAAAUUGAUUCUAAAUUCUCAUCUACUACCAGUUCUCAAGGGCGUAGAGCGGGCAAGACUGUCAAACUGGUUAAAACACCUUUCAAUCGUUCAAAUUGAAUAUUUUCUAUUAUUAAUUUGUUAAAUACGAUUAAAUCUUCGGAGUUUUUACUCCAUUUUUGCCAAAUUUGACAUUUUCAGAUCGUUUGGCAAUUCCACUUUGAAAUUACAUUGUAUUCAAUAAAACUGAUGUCAAAAUUAUAUUACUAAAAAUCAAUAGAAGAGAAGACACUCUUCCAUUUAUGUAGAGUAUUUGCUAAGCAAUUAAAGAGAGUCAUAAAAUAAAUCAUGAUUUAACGAUUUUUUAAUAUAAUCGGUUUGUAAAUGUGCUAUUUUUUUAAUAUUGUAAAUAAAACUUUUGGCGCUCGUGUUAGUUUCGUUCCGACCGUGCCAAAACUACUAAACAGAUGUGCAUACAGUUCGCAAAGGUUAUAUUUUUAUAUCGCUACGAUGCUUUUUGUGUAAGCUUAAUGUAAGGUUUGAAGGUGUAAGGUGAAAAGUCGAAAGGUUACAUAUAUUUUAGAACAUAAAGUCAUUAAGAUUGUCCCUUAAAAUCAAGAUUCACAAGUCGUUUUGCGUCCUUUAGAUUGAGUGUGUCAGCGAUGUAAUAUUUAUAUCGAAAAUAUCCUAUGUUUUGACUCAGAAUGUUACUGUACAGUAUAAUCGUACAAAAAUGCCAGUACUUUCUAUAAACAUGACAUCGUAAUAGGAAAAUCUUUCUGGGUGAACAAAAGGUCUCACCUUACACAGACCAGGACAUAAGAAAAUAAAGUAUCUCAUAAAAUGAAUGGGUAUACUAGCUAGCGUGGGCGUGGUUUCAGCGUAUACGUAUUCAUAACGCAACUUGAACAAUAAAGAGACAUCCUGCGUCGAAAGGGUAAAAGGACUGGCGAAAUUAGUAAACUAUGUAUAUCUAUAAUUUUUAAAUGUCUAUUAUUUGACUUACGACUUUUCACCUCUAAGGCUUAAAUAUAUAGCUUUGAGCUGAGCACUGACUGUGCUAAUGUUAAUCCUAUUCAGUCAAAUAUUAAUAUCGAAACUGCGCUUAAUACUUUAUAUUUAAGCCACACUCCCAAAACAGAUGAACUAUGAAGAUCUAUAAAUAUAUUUUCAAUUUGAAAUAGAGUUCUGUGAAAUUUUCUAAACUAUUUUCUCUCAAAGGUUUUGUGAAUUUUCGUCGUACUUUUUAUUUUUAUACAGAACCAGUGUACACAAUGUUAGAAAUGUUAAUAUAUAGGUUAAAUGCUAUCGUAUUUGUGUUCGCUUCGAAUGUGUAACUUGACUUUGAAUUUAACGUUCAAAUAUUAUAAAGACAGCGACUUUUGACGUGUCUCAGAAACCGAUGAACGCCGGCUGCACGCGCGAAAAAGCAUGACUCGAUGUCCCGUUACGCUCAUUGUACGCUUGCGCUGUAUCUAUCUCCUCUUCCACUCAAAGACUUAAGUAUGCAAUCAUGUCAUCAAUGUUUUGUAGACGUUGUCACGUUAAACUAUCGUCCGUAAACCGACUUUGUAGACAACAUUUUUUUUUAAUAUUACGAAAAAAGUCGCAAGGAAUCUCUAAAACACUUAAUACCUACUACAGCUAAGCGCCGAGAUCAUUACGAGGUAAUCUAUUUCAAUAUACGUUACGCUGUCUGAUGUCGCUUGCGCGUAGUACGAAUACUCAAUAUUGAGAUGGAGCAUUACUGGGUAAGCGUUUGCUUACCGUCAUAACAAGUGACAGUACUACGAAUUACAGAUGAUUGGUCCCACAUUGGAAAAAAUAGUUUAACAGAUGAUUAUUAAUUACUACAGAAACAUGGCUGUUAUUUUUAUAGUUAUAAGUAACUAGUCUUGUGUUUUUGUCGCAUGUGACCUAAAAGGAUUGCAUGCUGGACUGUAACUCCCAAUUGCGAUACGAAAGCCCCUUUUCAAUAACUGAGAUUACAGCGAAUUUGCAUACAAAAAUAUCGUGAUCGCUAUUGGAAGGAAACACUUGUGGGCCCUGAGCGCUUCGCUAAUUCGCCGUAAUUAUUCGAUCAGCAAUAAAUUGAAUUUUAUUAAAUUGCAUAUUAUAGAAAAUAGGCGUGUCUUGUUUUAAAAUCGCUAGUCAAGUGUUUCGUUACCUACAUAACUGUUUAUGUAUUUUGUAACUUAUAUUUUAAUAAGAUAUUAAAUCAGUACUGU